AUGGCGAUACGGAAGCGCGUGGAUGACAAGUUGGCGUCUCUGGUAUGGAAUGCCGUGGAGAACCAUCAGCGGGCGUUUUUGGUGUUAAUAGGGAAGGACAUACGGAGUCAUGUGUUGAAUUUGUACGAAAUGCGCAGCAAGCUGGGUACGCAUAGGUUGAGUGUUGCGUGGUGUUAUCGACGUGAUAUAGGUUUUGCGGCGAAUAAGAUGAAACGUGCUAAGCAAAUAAGCAAACGGAAGUCGCGCGGGACGUAUGAUGCGGAAGCAGAAGACCCUUUCUGGCUGUUCCAGCAGGGUACUAAGGUGACCUAUUGUCGGUACCGUGACUCAAAUCGGUUGAUGGGUAACACCUACGACUUUUUGGUGUUGCAGGACUUCGAAGCCAUCACGCCCAACGUGCUGUGCCGAGUGGUCGAAACCGUGGCCGGCGGUGGACUCAUUGUCCUCGCCAUCAAGUCCGUCCAGACCUUCCAAGAGCUCUUCCAUAAAAAGUUCGACAUACUUCGCGUCUACGACCACGACCGGACAGACCACGACCGGACAGUCCAGGACCGGACAGACCAGGACCCGGCAGAAGGCGGGUCGGUGGAGAGCAACAGGUACUGUGAGCGGUUUAUAAGGUCGCUGAGCCAGUGUCGUAACUGCCUCAUCCUUAACGACCAACUUGACAUCUUGCCUAUAUCUCGCAAACGGCUGGAGGAAAUACCCGACAUCACCGGCUCAAUGACGUCGUCUAAGUACGACCUGAGGACACAUAGCAAGCAUGCGAUUGUUGACAAACAGCUACUUCGUCUCCAAGAGGACUUCCGGCGACACACUCAUAUCUCUCCGAUACUGAAUUUAUGCGUCACAUUUGACCAGGCGAAGGUCGUGGCCGCCAUUGCUGACCAUUUCCACAACCUAGGGGAAGGGGUUGAUGACCAGAAGAGGGUGGUCUCUAUAUUGGCUAACCGCGGUCGCGGGAAGUCAGCGGCUUUAGGACUUGGCUUAGCAAUAGGCGUAAGGUUGCGCAAACUCGAGCGCGUCGGCAUCUCUGCGAUCAACAUCGAGAACGUCAGCACCGUUUUUGAGUUCUUCAUUAAGGGCCUGGAAGCCGGAGGGAUUACCGACCAAUAUGGGGCCGUUACCGGCGAUAUAUCUGGCGUUGGACACUACCUCAAAACUACCUGGAAGGAAAAAUAUGUCCUUACAAAUAAUGAUCUUCAAGACCCGGAUUUCGAUAUGAAGGACUCCCAGCUGGCUACGGAAACCAAUAGGAAUCGAGAUGCGCGAAUUUGCCAAGUCGAAUGUUUGCUGGAUCAGAGCCAUCGCACGAUCGUGGAGUUCGUGUCUGUCAAAGAAGCAGCCAAACUGCAGCAGGACCACGCGCCUUUCGACGGGACAUUGAGCCUACAUGGUGGCAGCAGACCUCAGUUCGACUUACUCGUCAUCGACGAGGCUGCUGCCGUCCCCAUACAAUUAAUGCGCUCCAUCCUGAAAGCUAAGAGCAACAUUUUGCUCGCGAGCACAGUGGAUGGCUAUGAAGGCACGGGUCUGGCGUUGACGAACGUAGUCCUGAAGGAGCUUCAGCAACAGCCGCAAUUGGAUUACGACCAGCGGCUCAUGCAAGCUCCCAUACGGUAUGCUAAACGCGAUCCAAUCGAAUCUUGGUUGCGGAGCUUCCUGUGUCUUGACGCGGGAACAAAUAUUGUCGGCGAUCGUCGGUAG